AAUAGAGAGCCAUUAACUUGUUUUCCUCUGGUAGUGUGUGAAACAGAGACCUUUUGCAGAAACCCAGAAGGAAAAUGCAGACCUUUUGUUGGUUCUCCUUCUUCCUCCUGCUAUCAUGCGCACCCUCCCCUCUAUCCUGCGCAUCCUCCCUCACUCUCGGCCGUCGCCACCUCUACGACGACGCUGCAGCUCUACCUACUCCUCUUUCCCCCAUCAGUCCUCCUUUCUUCCCUCUCGAGUCCUCCGCUCCUCCUCCGCCGCCUCCUCCUACCACCUUCGCCGUCUUCCCCACUUUUCCGGCCAACAUCUCCGCCCUCGUCCUUCCACGCUCUCCUAAACCACAUUCCACUUCCCCUACCCUCCUUGUCCCGGCUAUCUCCGCCGUGCUCGUCGCCGCCACAGCCAUCGGCGUCGCCUUGUUUCUCUACGGCCGGUGGCGAGGUCAAAACAGUCAUUUCAAGGACACUACUUGUAGCAGUAGUAGUACUAGUAGUAGCCAUGGAUAUGAUGAACCAAGACACGUUACCACCAACAACUUCUCUGUAGCAGCUACUGCCUCUACCUUGGAGGUUUUAAACCUCGGUGCUGAGGGACCUGACCGUGUUAUAACGAGUUUUUUGAAGCCUGAGUCGCCGGAGAUACGGCCGCUUCCUCCGUUGCUUCCUCGUAGUUUCCAGCACAACUAUGAAGCUGAUUUUCAGUCUGAGGAAAACGAAGAAGAAGAAGAAGAUGAGUUCUUCUCACCUCUUGCUUCUUUGGCUGGUUCCGAAAACUCAAGUCCAUCCCGUUCUUGCUCCUCCUCUGGUUGGGUUUCUCCGGCUAGGUCAUUCUCCAUCACCAUGUCCCCGGUUCAAGAACGCUCAAACCCUAGAUUCUCAGACGUCUCUUCUGAGCAAAACCUUCACUCUCCGUCGCCGGAGAGACUUCGAGUAAGGAACAACAACGGAAAUGGGUCGUCUUCUCUAAGAAUGUUUAGCUUCUGGAAUCAAAAUCUGGGCUUUCCUCGCAUUUCCUCUGCCUCUACCUCGCCGGACAGAGGAGGUACCAUAAGAACGCCGCUUUCUUCUCUCUACUCUUCAGUUUCCACUUCUCCCGACGGGUUUUUCCGGAAGUUUCUGGAUAGUUCGCCGCCGAUUUGGAACGACUUUAGUCGGAAUGUGAAGUCCGUGUUGCUCUCCUCUGAUUCCAUUUCAUCAAGAAGAGAUUUUGUUAUCAACAUUGGUGAAUCUUCUUCUAGAAUUUUGAAUCAACAGAGCCAUGUAGAAGCAGCAGCUCCUCCUCCUCCGACGAGGCCACCUCCUCUUGUCCCACCUUCACAGUCUUUUGUGGUUCAUCAUGAUGAAAAAAAGCCAUCUUUCUCGGAGCUACCUCCCAACCAGCUCCAUUGGGAUAAACUCCGACCAAGUUCUUGUCAGAAAACUGCUUGGGAUUGUCUUAGAUCGAGCUCUUUCAAAUUGAACAAAGAGAUGGUAGAGACUCUUUUCCUUGCAAACUCUUCAAACCCAAACAUAAAACAGAGAGGUCUAAGCUAUUAUUUUCCGAUCCAAAAUCAAGAAAGCAAAGUUUUAGAUCCGAGAAAAGCUCACAAUAUUACUACUCUGCUUCAGCGACUUAACUUAACCACAAAGGAUAUUUGUAAAGCUCUUCUUGAAGGUGAUUGUGAUGCACUUGGAGCUGAACUUCUUGAGUGUUUAUCGAGAUUGGCACCUAGUAAAGAAGAAGAGAUGAAGUUGAAGAGCUGUAGGGAUGAUUCAGUGAUCGUCAAGCUUGGUCCAGCUGAGAGGUUUCUUAAGGACUUGCUUCAUGUGCCUUUCGUGUUCAAACGGGUUGACGCGUUGCUCUCACUGGCUAAUUUUCACUGCAAGAUCAAUCGCCUCAAAAGAUCAUUCGGUGUUAUACAGGCUGCUUGUGAAGAACUAAGUAAUAAUAGAAUGUUCUCAGGACUUUUGGUAGCUAUACUGAGUCUAGGAAACAAGAUGAAUGUUGGAACAAGCCAACGCGGCGAUGCUCAUUGCUUCAAACUUGACACGCUCCUCGAGCUCGUUGAGGUCAAGGGAUUAGAUGGAAGAAGCAGUCUCUUGCAUUUCGUUGUUCAGGAAAUGAUAAAAUCAAAAGGCACUGUGAAAGCUUUAGACGGCAUCAGAAAUCUGAAUUUAGAACUGGCCAAUGUCAAGAAAUCGGCAGACGUUGAGUAUGGUGUUCUAAGAAACGACGUCUCUGAGCUUUAUCUAGGAAUCAAGAACAUCGAGGAGAUUCUGCGACUGGGCAAGGAGAGUGGAUCUAGCGGAGAUCAAUGGCUGAAGUUCAGGGCGAGGAUGACCCGAUUCUUGGAAACUGCUGCAGAGGAGAUUCUGAAGAUCAAAACACAAGAAAGUUCGACGCUCUCUGCAUUGGAGGAGGUCACAGAGCAAUUCGAUGGAGAUUCUUCCAAGGAAGGUCACACAUUGAGGGUUUUCAUGAUUGUGAGAGACUUCCUUUCCAUGCUAGACAACGUAUGUAACGAAGUGGGAGACCGGUUCACAUCGUAAGAUUCUCAAUGUAAUGAAGUUGAUCAACAAACUUGCUGAUUAGGAGGAAGCCUUUCAUUUUUCUGUUAAUCUCGAGAAUGAGAUGCCUAUAAAAUCAAGGGAUCUUGACAUCUUGUUAUUCGCUGUCCCACUUGAAGUAGUGUUAGAUGUAUGGAUUUUAAUUUUUAAGACAUUUCUUAUUGUAAUUUCUCUACUUGAAAUCCUUCUCCCGGGACAGAAGCCUAGAUUUUGUGUGUUCUCUUCUGGUAAUUACCUCUUGUAGUUC